AUGGCCACCACCGAGUUGGUCAAGGAACAGGUCACAGACAAUGUACCAAAAAGGAUCAAGGAACUGAAGUUUGGCGUUGCUGCGAGUCAGGAUAUUCUCAAGCAAGGCGUUCUCGAAUGUGGCGGUGCAAAUGGGAGGGUCAAAAAGAAUGGUGCUGGUCCUUUGAAAGUUACUCACGAAAGAUUUAGUCACUUUGAAGGUUCAAAGGCAUUGAAGAAAGUAGCACCUCGAGCGAAGAUGGAAUUUGAUCAGAGCUUUGACGCAGUCAAAAAAUCUCUUGGGGACAUUGAGCGAAACCUGAAAAAGGCUUUUGACGACUUAAAUCCUCUAAGAAUUCUCAAUAUUUUCGAAAAGAUUUCAGAUCCCGAUUGCGAACUGUUAGGUAUGAACCCAACAGAAGGAAGACCAGAGAUGUUUAUUUGGAAAUAUUUCCCAGUUGCCCCCGUGUGUCUCAGGCCAUCGGUGGCUCAAGACAGUACGACUACGGAAGAUGACAUAACUCAAAAGCUAGCUCACAUUAUAUCCAUGAACAAUAUGAUAAAAAGGGGCCUCGAAAACGGGGAACGCGUGGGAACCCUUAUGGAGCAGUGGGAUUUUCUACAAGCACAGGUCGCGAUGAUUGUGAACAGCGAAGGCCCUGGUGUCACUCCUUCUGGCCAAUACGUCACCAUGCGAGGCUUUUGCCAAAGGCUGAAGGGCAAGCAAGGCCGAUUUCGAGGUAACUUGUCCGGUAAACGAGUCGAUUUUUCAGGGAGGACUGUGAUUUCUCCGGAUCCCAAUAUUGGGGUGAAUGAAGUCGCCAUCCCAGAAGCUGUUGCUAAAACUCUUACCUUUCCUGAAAAAGUCUCCCAGGUCAACAUUGAGAAGAUGCGACAAGCGGUCUUGAACGCCUCACGCAAAUGGCCCGGUGCGUCUCAGAUCGUAAAAGCUGGCUCAGGCUUCAAACAGUUCCUCAAGUUCGGGAAUCCUAAGAAGCAUGCUGAGGCAUUGAAAGUCGGCGACAUUGUUGAGCGGCAUCUUGUGGACGGAGACGUCGUGCUCUUUAAUCGACAACCCUCUUUACACAAGCUCAGCAUUAUGGCUCAUCGUGUCCGUGUUAGGCCGUCACGAACUUUUCGACUCAACGAGUGCGUUUGCACACCUUACAAUGCCGAUUUCGAUGGUGACGAGAUGAAUCUACAUGUCCCUCAAACGGAAGAAGCUAGGGCUGAAGCACUUGAACUGAUGGGCGUCGAACACAAUUUGGCUACCCCAAGGAAUGGUGAGCCUAUCAUAGCUGCCAUUCAAGACUUCAUCACCGGUGCGUUUCUCUUGAGCAACAAAGACCAAUUCUUUGAUCGGAAAACAUUUAGUCAACUUUGUUCUUAUAUGGUUGAGGGAAACGCCAAGAUCCAUCUGCCUCCUCCAUCGAUCCUCAAACCAGUCAUGCUGUGGACAGGGAAGCAGGUCUUUAAUGUCUUGUUGCGUCCGAGCAGAGACUGUAAUGUACGAAUUAGUCUCGACGCACCAUGCCGAGAAUAUCGAUUCAAUUCGUCUGCCCCCCGAGACAUGAGUGAGACUGAUGGCUGGCUUUGUAUAAGAGAUUCUGAGAUUAUGUGCGGGGUCAUGGACAAGUCCACGAUUGGUGCUGGGAAGAAGGACUCGAUUUUCUGUGCUAUCCUUCGAGAUUUUGGCGAAGACGAGGCCCUGAGUGCAAUGAACAGACUUGCCAGAUUAAUCUCUAGAUACCUAUCAGGCCAAGGUUUUUCUAUUGGUAUUAGUGACGUUCGCCCGGGAGAGAAACUCUCCCGAGACAAGCAAACCCUCGUCGAGAAGGCCUAUGCUGACUGCGAUGGCCUGAUCUCCCGAUACACUGAUGGAAGCUUUGAGCGUAAAAAAGGGUCUAGUGCCGAGCAAACUUUAGAGAAGGCCAUAUCUGAUGUUUUGACUCGCGUGCGAAAAGAAGCUGGAGACUAUUGCUUUGCUGAACUUAACAAGCAUAAUACCGCGAUGCUCAUGGCAAAGUCUGGCGCAAAAGGUAGUUCCAUGAAUGUAUCUCAGAUGGUGGCUGUCGUUGGUCAACAAAUCAUCAACCAGCAACGUGUCCAAGAGGGAUUUCAAGAUCGAACUCUCCCUCAUUAUCCCAACAAUGCUCGUCAGCCACCUUCAAAAGGCUUUGUACGUAAUAGCUUCUAUACAGGCCUGAGCCCAAGUGAGCUGUUCUUCCACGCAAUGUCUGGCCGAGAAGGUCUCGUUGACACUGCCGUGAAGACCGCUGAGACGGGAUACAUGUCACGUCGCUUGAUGAAGUCGCUUGAAGACUUAUCGAUCAAAUAUGACAAAACAGUUCGCAAUUCAGCGAUGUCUAUUGUACAGUUUCAAUACGGAGACGACAGCCUUGACCCUACAAGUAUGGAAAGCGAGGCACGCCCAGUAAAUUUUGAGCAUGCAUAUACACAUUCUAUGGAACUGGUCCACGACAACGAGGCGGUCAGACUGUUGCCUUCCGAGAUCCUCGAGGUCUCAGCACAAAGACUCGAUCAUCACAGGCAGCAGCUCGCUCGGUCAUCAUUAACCCAUCUCAAGCUUCCUAGCUCAGAGUACGUGACAUACAACGACGAGACCAACGAAAGUGACCAAAACUACCUACGGUCAAUUCAGGGGUUCUUGGACAUGAAAGCACGAAAUCGAUCAGACUUGGACAAUCGAUUAGGCCACGCAGAUUCUUUACACAAGUCACGCAAACGGACACAGGCGUCUCGAUUAGACUCGGAUAUAAUAAAGCAACAGACCGACCGUAUCGCUGGGGUCUCUCAAUCCACACUGAUCGCCUUCAUUGAAACAUGCAUGGACAGAUAUCACAAGGCUUCUGUCCAGCCAGGAACUGCAGUCGGCGCUGUUGGAGCGCAGUCUAUUGGAGAGCCAGGGACGCAGAUGACAUUGAAGACAUUCCAUUUCGCUGGUAUUGCCAAUCUACAAAUCACACAAGGUGUUCCUCGAAUGAAGGAAAUCAUCAAUGCCUCUAGGGAAAUCAGCACGCCAAUCAUUGCAUGCCAGCUGAUCAACAAGCAUAGUAUGCACACGACUCGAGAGACUCAAGGCCGCAUUGUGCAGACCUACCUUCGAGAUAUAGUCGAAUGGGUAGAAGAAGUGUGGGCGGACGAUAUGAGCUACGUUGAGAUGCGACUAGACACGAAGACCAAGAUAAACCUUUGCAUUGACAUCCAGGCUACCGAUAUUAAGGAUGCCAUACUCAAGGUGAAAAAGUUACGUUUGACACCCGAUGAUAUAACCGUCUUCGGGGAGUACAUCCGGAUCUCAACCAAACCACCAUACAAAACUGAGCGUACUAUCAAAGUCAAAUCAAAGGAUGAGACCCAAGUGUACGCUCGCAUGCAACAUAUCUGCCGUCACCUUCCCAACAUACCGGUAUGUGGCUACGCUGGAGCGUCUCGAGCUAUCAUCAAGAUGGAUGAGAAGAGAGAAAAUUUUUCACUAUUAGUGGAAGGAUACGGCCUCAAGAAAUGUCUCAACACGGAUGGCGUCGAUGCUUACACUACGAGAACUAAUUCUAUUCUGGAGACGCGCGAGGUACUCGGCAUUGAAGCAGCCCGGACAACAAUCAUUGAUGAGAUUCGCUCGGUAAUGGACGGCAUGGGCAUUGAUCCUCGGCAUAUGCAGCUCCUGGCUGAUGUGAUGACCUACCGAGGCGAAGUUCUUGGUAUCACACGCUUUGGUCUGAGUAAGAUGAGAGACAGUGUGCUACAACUUGCAAGUUUUGAGAAGACACCAGAUCAUCUCUUUGAAGCUGCAUGGCAUGCGAAGAGAGACAAGGUCGAAGGCGUCAGCGAAUGUAUCAUUUUCGGACAAAGUACCGGCCAGGGCACAGGUGCCUUCGAGGUGGUGAAGUUGUUAGAUCUUCCAACAGACUCCUUGAACGAAAAGAAAGCAAUAUUUGAAGAUACAUGGGAGGCAUUGGAGGUUGAGCUCAUGAGAGAUAGAAGCAGGCGAUAA